ACACCUUCCGUGUCUUAUGUUAGUGUUUACAUUUGAGGUUCUGAUCUGUUUACUAACAAAAAAAAGUUUAUCUGGUCUUAAUUGCAAUUUUUUAAUCAAUUAUAGUGUAUUUUAGUAUUGACUCGUCCCUUUCUCGUGAUACAUGGAGGACAGUGACUCCCGUAAAGCUUAAAGUGUGUGGAAACGACCUGUGGCCUACUCUAGUCUCAGGUUUAAUUACGACUCGUACUGAUCCUUCUAUCACCACACCCGCACAUACACUUACGGGGUCGAUAGAGGUGUUCCAUAAUUUUAUCAGCUGCGGACACCUUCAUCUCAGGUACUACGUAAGGAAGACCACGAUUCUGGUGUUCAUCUCACCUGUCUGACUGCUGACGUCGUCGACAGCGAGGGACAACUCUAUGAGAGUUACCCGCUAAUUGAUUUUACACGAAAUCCUGGUCUCACUGUUAAUGUUCUAACGCUAGACACCUUGAUCCCUCCUUCGCCCUAAAUACUCUAAAGUUUUCUUUUUUACUGGUGAAACUAUCUCAGAUUAGUUUCACUCCAAAAUUUUCCUCCCAAACGAUGCGAAUGCGACUUAAAACUCGCGCGAUAUUGGUGUACUUCAGUAUCGUCUGCUUUGGUUCUGUCUUCUUUGGAUUGUAUUUCAUUUUCACACCUGCAUAUGAAACGAAACAGAAAAAAGGAAUUGACUUUGCAGCCAAAGAUAAAUGGUCUCAUCUCUUACACAAACAGCCAUCAGUGUUGGAUGCAAAACAUUACAAUGAACUUCGUAGACCUGACCUUGCACUUGGAUGGGCAGAAAAAGGAAAUGCAGACAGAUCAAAUAUUUGGGAGGAUAAGAAAAUAGGGUCAGAAAAUGCAGAGAUAGUUUUACCAGAGAAAGAUAUGCUGUAUACCAUGAGCUGGGAGGAAAUUGCCUUCUUAUAUCACAAGUACACAAAACAAAUCCAGAUAAACUGUCAGGACAUUGUGCGACUAGGAAGAGUUACUGAUGGAGGGUGGGAGGUGUGUGAUGAUUCCUCUUAUCGCCCAUCAGCUCCCUGUCUGGUGUAUUCAUUUGGUGUGGGGGAUGAUUUCAGUUUUGAUGAUGCGGUUGCCCGCAGGUAUAAAUGUGAAGUACAUUCCUUUGACCCAAGCAUGAAUGUGAAAGACUACCAGCGAGAUUCAACUGUAUACUUCCACCAGCUUGGUCUGGCUGACUUUACUGGGGAAACUUCUGAUGGUUGGAAAAUGUCCACAUUUGCAGACAUCAGAAAGCACUUCCACCAUGAAGGGAAGCCACUGUCAAUUUUGAAACUAGACAUCGAGGAAUGGGAGUGGAAAGUGCUGCCAAGCUUACUGAAAAGCGGCUAUUUAAACGAUACAAGUCAACUCUUGAUGGAACUUCAUCAGUGUGAAGGGUGCUCUCGGUACAACCCAGCCCAGGUUGACAAAGAAGCAACGCAAGAACGUUACAUUUUGGCACUACAGAUCUUGAAAGACCUGUAUGACUUGGGCUUUCGCAUAUUCUGGGAACACCAAAACCUUGCCUGCAGCUACAUAUCCAAGUUUGCCUUGGCAGAACGAAGUGGCUGCUGUGAGCUACACAUGGUACAGUCCAGGUUACUUGGAAAAAAAAAAGUUUAGGAGAGAUCAAGAGUGUGAAAUUACAACAGCACUUCGGUGUUUUUAAACACUGAAAGAGUUAAGAGGUAUGAGUAUAAUGUUUCUUUGUUCUUAAGCAGUUUACAACUCUGUUGAAGAUGGUACAGAUGACUGGCAGUCAUAUAGUUGAUACUAUCAUGUUUGUGUCUUUGAUAAACCUUUCUUUAAGAUUUGUUAUUCAUGAUUUCCAAUAUUUUUUAUUUCAGGUUUCUGUAAACAGAUUAUACUUUUAAAUCAUGCUAGCCUGUUAACAAAUGAUGGACAUUGUUAGAAUGUUAUCUUAACUUUCAUGUCAUGCUGCUUGUUAUUCCACAGGUUUUUAAUUGUACAGUUAAUAAUUAUAAAAUUAUAAUUAUAAUCGUCAGCAAAUAAGGGUUGACCUUCAAAUCAUUGUCUUGAUCAAACAUAGCUCAGAACUUUUAGUCCCCACAUAUUGCGUCAUAUAAUUCUUUUUUAUUUUGUGCUUUAGUUUUUGUUUUUUUCCCUGUUAAAUUAGUUUUUUUUUAGUUCAUAGACAGUUUUCUUGAUGGAUGCUGUGUGUUUUGUUUUUUUUAAAGAAGAUGACCAUGUAAUUUCUGAUAUUUUUACCUCUAUAUUUUAUACUUUCUGCCAAAGAAUCUUGCAAGAUGUCUAUUUUUGUCUUAUCAAGGCAUGCUGAUUAAUUCCAGCUUAUGUAAUUCAGCCAUAUCACAUAAUCAUAAAAUGCUGUAAGGACAUCUAUUUUGUGUUACCAGAGUAUGUCAGGGUUCCUAGUUUACUAGUGUCUCACUGUGGCAUGCCAUCAGGGUAUGUUACUAAGCCAUUUCAGUGAGAUACCACAAUUCCUUAUUAAUGCCAAAUGAACUAGCAGCAUAUUUGUGAUAAAAAAAUCAUUUUUCAAUUCUUUUGGCACAUUGACAGGCUUUCUGCAAUGUGAUAAAAUUCUUGAUGAGACAGAAGUGUGUUCAUAGAAUUGUUAAUUCCAGCUCUUCUGACAUGACAGCAAGACUGUUGUUGGAGGCAUAGAAAUGACAGGGUUCAUAAUUUUCGAUCUAUUUGCUCAAAAAGGAAAAAAAGUUCUGAAAAUCAGAUCAUGUUUAUAUAUUAUCUUGAAGUUUCAUCAUGCCGAGAAAGCAAACAGAUGAAAUGAAGUCACUAGCAUAAGUAACAAAGAAAAUAGCUAACUACAUUCCAAACCAGUUGUAAAUGUUCCAUUUCAAGACUUAGCUGUUCCAGUUGAUUCGAUGUUGCCCGAUCACCAUAACUCAAUGGACCAAAGUUUGGUGUGAUUAACAGUAUAUGAAAGUGUGUCAAUAACUGCUCAUCUUUCCUUAGUUUUAUUUUGUAUGGUUAAGACAUAAUCAGAUUCUUUACUUGGCAGAAUCAUGCUCAAAUUCUGAUUAUUCCUAUUUCAGAUUUAUCACUUAAAGUUACAAAUGGAUUUUUUUAUGUCUGAAGAUGUUUGCUUUAUGCUAUUUUGAAUUCAAUAAAACCAUGUGUGUUCAACAUAAUGGUAUUUCAUAAAUUUCAUAUUUUAAUGGAAUCUUCAACAUAGUCUCUUAACAAGAGACACUGAGCUAGGAUUUGACAAGUGGUCAUGUUUUAGAAUUUUUAUUUAGCAGAAAAAAAUAAAAGAUGAACUAUUUUGUCAAAGAAAAAUAUGUUGAUUGCAUGUGUAUGAUGCAUAUUGAAGAGCUCCAUGACCUUCAUCAAAAAAUGAGUUUGACAAUAUCAUUUCAAAAUGUGUCUGUUAACUGAAAAGUCUCACGUUACACGAAUGUACAUAGUACAAAUAAUAGGGUUUUGAGACCGUGUCAUACAUAUUCUUUAGUAUCCCUUUGUUCAUAUCACUGCCAGUAUAAAUUGAAUUUUAUGCAGCUAAUCUCAUCUAUAUAAAUUAUGGUUGCCAAGCAGACAAAAUGGCAGUGAGAAGUUAAAGAUUUUUGUCAUUUAGGAAGAUCUUUGGAUGAAGAAUUGUCUUUUACUAGACAUUAUUUUUAUAACUUAGAACAAAGAAUGGAUGGAUUGAUGGAUUAUAUUGCUCUUUUAUACGUAAAGAUCUAUGUAUUUACAAAUGCAUAUUUGUGUGUGCAGCUCCAACAGAAACCUGUAUGACUAUUGUACUUUCUCAUCUUUAUGAACAAUGUAAUU